AUCCUGUUGAAAGGGGAGAACGGGAGAAGUUUGUCCUCUCCAACUCAACUCUGACUCGACUCAACUCAGCACCUAGAGUUAGAGUCUAGUCUACAUCUUCACUAGCAAAGAAAAGAGAGAAGAGAGUCCGAGUCCGAGUCCGAGUUGAAGAAGAAAAAGGGUUUAGCAGAAGACUAAAGAAGAAGAAGAGACUCAAACCCUAGAAUAAGAAUAGCAUGGCCCAAGACGACGAACCUUCUUCCGAUCUUUCCAGAAAUGUUUCCUUUAGCAGACUCAACGCCCAGGCUCCCGAGUUCGUCCCCUCUCCCCGCUCCGAUCUCCACCCGAUCCCUCCUCCUCCGCCUCCCCCUCCCCCUGCUCUCCAUCUCUAUCACUCUCCCGCUCCCUUCCACGUUCCAAUUCGUCCCCAUCCCCACCCUCAUCCCCAUCCCCACCCUCAUCCGAUUCCGAUUCGCACUCACCAUCCUCAUCACUUGCCUGUUCACUAUCAGCAUCAGCAGCAGCAGCAUCAACAGCAUCAGCAUCAGCAUCACUACUACGGAGACCAAGAACUCCCCCUUCCACAGCCUCCUCCUAAGCCUUCAUCCUCCGAUCACUCUGCAUCCUCCAAGAAUAAGCAGCCGCAGCAACAGCUUUCCGAUGAGGCUACUCUCAAGCUUUUGAAUCAGGUGGAGUACUAUUUCAGUGACUUGAAUUUGGCGACUACUGAUCAUCUUAUGAGGUUCAUCAACAAAGAUUCUGAAGGAUUUGUGCCAAUAUCUGUUGUUGCAUCUUUCAAGAAAAUUAAGGCACUCAUCAAUACUCAUGCCCAGCUAGCAACCAUUUUGCGUAACUCGUCAAAGCUUGUGGUUAGUGAAGAUGGAAAGAAAGUUAGACGCAUCCAUCCACUGACCGAGUUGGAUAUGGAAGAGUUGCAAUCUCGCAUUAUUGUUGCUGAGAACUUGCCUGAGGAUCAUUGCCAUCAAAACCUCAUGAAGGUUUUCUCUUCUGUUGGGAGUGUAAAGACAAUCCGAACUUGCCAGCCCCAGUCUUCCAAUGGAGGAGGGUCUUCUUCAGCAUCAAGAUCAGCAAAAUCUGACAACAUGCUCUUCAGUAACAAGUUGCAUGCUUUUGUUGAGUAUGAGUCAGUUGAGCUAGCUGAGAAAGCUGUUUCAGAGUUAAAUGAUGAAGGGAACUGGAGGAGUGGUCUAAGGGUCCGCUUAAUGUUUAAACGCAUGUCAAAACCUUCUCAGGUCCGAGGAAGAAGGGGUCAGGAGGGAGACAUGCAAUGUGAGGAGGAGGAUGCUUGUGCAGCUGAGCAACCAGUGAAUGGGAAGGUAGUAGAAGAUGCUCCUCAGCAGUCCGAUGCUUAUUCACAUGAACACAUAGGGGAAGAGCAUGGGAAUGAGAAGGAGAGUGGGCAGAAAAAAGGGCGUGGCCGGGGACGAGGCAAGGGGCGUGGAAGAGGACAAUACCACCACAAUAACCGAGGAAAUAACGCGGUGGGAACUCCACCUUCAAAUAAUUUAGUUGGUAUGGAGGCAGGUGUAACCAAGCAGCCUCCGCCUCCUGGUCCGCGUAUGCCGGAUGGCACCAGAGGAUUUGCGAUGGGACGGGGAAAGCCAGUCGCUGUUAAUAUUGCAUAAAGACUGGGGAUUGUUAGUCAUUAGAUAGAGAGAGGUGGUUGUGUGUGUGACUGCUCUGAUAUGUCUGGCUAUGGUGGGUGGGAUUAGGGGUGAGGAAUUGGCUUUCCGUGUGUGGUGGUGGUGGUGGUGGUCUUACAAAGGGCUGGGCUGUCGAUCCUCGCAACUUAGUUGGAGCAGUGGGUGAACUUUGUCUGUGUCAGUUUGAGUGUACUCUAUCAAUUCAGGCGAAGGUCAGGCCAAGAAAAUGUGGUUUUGGCCGACCUCUCUCUCUAUUCUCUAUUUUGUUGCCAUUUAUGUAGAAAAGGAAAAGGAAAAGAAAAAAGAAAAAGAAAACAGUUGAGAGUGCCCAAUAGUAUAAUACCUAUAAUAUAGAUUUUAAAAAAAAGGUGAGUGAAGAAAUGACAUUGAAAAACAAGUUAUGGAUACUUUUAUAUCUUUGCGGACAUGACUGCACGCUUCUUCUCAUUAUCCAUCCCUGCUCAACCCACCACCAUUGUAUUUCCUUCCUUUGUACUUCUACAAUAUUAAUCUUUACUUGUUGCGUACUGUGUUUUUUAUCACAAAAGCACACCAAAUUUUGUCAAUAAUUCUUUUUUUAAUAACACUA